AUGUGCUGUACAGGAAAGUGUGCCCGUCUGGUGGGCCUGAUCCUGCUGCCUUCAGCCUUCAUCUGCAUGAUCUCCAACCUGCUGCUGUUCUUCCCCGAUGGGCAAAAGCUGAACAAUAAUGAGAUCUCCAUCCAGGUCUGGCUCAUGGGGGGGCUCAUCGGAGGAGGCCUGUUUAUCCUGUGUCCGAGCUUUUCCGCUAUCAGGGCUGGGGGCAAGGGUUGCUGUGGAGCAGGUUGCUGUGGCAACCGCUGCCGCAUGCUGAACUCAGUCUUCUGCUCUGCCUUUGGUCUGCUCGGAGCCAUUUACUGCACCAGUGUGGCCUCAUCUGGUCUGGCUAUUGGACCCAAGUGUCGGGUGGGCAGUGACUGGAAGUACCCCUUUGAAAACACUGGCACGGGUAAUAGCAGCUACCUUGCAAACCAGGACUCAUGGACGAUCUGCGAGUUCCCUAAGAACAUAGUGAUGUGGCAUGUGGUUCUGUUCUCCAUCCUGCUGGCCGUGGGUCUUCUGCAAGUGGUUCUCUGCGGCAUCCAGGUUUUCAACGGCUGCUUGGGAUGCUUCUGCGGGGAUUGCCGGGACAGCAAAGAUGAUGACAGUGGACUGUGAAAGUGAGGAAGAUAAUCCGGCUGUAACCUGCCUUCACAACAACUGGGACACAUUUCUCCAUUUGUUCAGGUUCUGGAUAUGCUGUAGCUCUCCGACGAAGCUUACUGAGAUUUUCUUUUGAUACUCUUUGACGCUUUUGUUUCUGCCUUUUUAAACAUAUCAAAGCCUUACUCCAUCAUUUUGUGAAUUUUAUUCCUCUUCUUGUGUGCACUAGCUGCCUUUCUUUCUUAAGUUGAAAAUAAAUACUGAAUUAAGUAAUUUCCAUACUGAAGACCACACAUGGGACGUAUGUGGAUCAAAUUGUAAUUGUAAAUAAUUGUUAAUAUUUGCUCUGCAGGGGACAAGACAAUAAAAAGCUCUGAAUUUAAUUAAAGAAAUGAAACCAACAGA